AUGCGGAUCCUCGCCGUCGACGCUCUGCGAACGGGGUCAGACCACGACGCCCGCGUCUGGAGAACUACGUGGUUGCGUCGUCGGUUCCAGGAGGGGCAUAUUGCCAAAGCCGGAGAAUACCUCCUCGGUGACAGCGGCUACCCCCUAGAACCAUGGCUCCUGACCCCAGUGACAGGCCACCCUCCCAUACACACUGCAGAAGGGAGGUACAACACUGCACAUGCUGCCAUGCGGUCCAUAGUGGAGCGGUGCAUUGGGCUUCUGAAGAGCCGCUUCCGCUGCCUUCAGCGGUACUGCGCCGUCCUCUACGAACUAGACCACGCUGAGAACAUCGUUGCAGCAUGUUCAGUAUUGCACAACUUGUGUCUUGACGAAGGUGAGGUGUUGUUGGAUGAUGUUAGUGAUGACAGCAGCAGCAGCCGCAGCAGUGACGAUGAAAAUGGCAACCCCUCCCCCACAGAGAGUUCCCCGAGUGAGGACAGCACGCAUGAUGUACUUGAAAGGCUGUGCUGCCCGGGAUAA